AUGAUGAGACCAUCUACUCUCUCCACCAUCCUCUCCUGCGCGUCCGUCGCAUCCGCCGUCGCCGUCACCAACGACACCUCGACCUCGCCGAGCAUCCCCAACGUCGUCCAGUCCACCUGGGACGGACAAUGCUUCUACCCCACGCCCGACGCCGCCUUUGACCUCGAGUCCUACCUCGGCCGUUGGUACCAGGUCGCCGGCACCGUUGCGCCCUUCACUGCCGGCUGCAAGUGCAUCUUUGCACAAUACUCCUUGAACGUGCGCGCUCCCUCUCUUAUCCUGGAUGCCUUACCCCACUCCCCUCACCUCAGGACUGACCGGCUAAUGAUGGUUGGUGACACUCAGGACAAUGGCACCGUCAAGGUGAACAACACCUGCGAGGCCGGGGGCCGCGCCAUCAACAUCCUGGGCACCGCCGCGCCGGCCGAACCGUCGUACGGGGCCAAGGGUGUUCUUCGCGUCCAGUUCCCCGGCCAGCCCGGGCCCGACUGCGCCGGUCCCAAUUACAUUGUUCAGGACUACACCCCAGACUUUGCGCUCGUGCAAGCCAGCAACUUUACGACGCUAUUUGUGCUCAGUCGCCGGCGGAAUCCGGAAGAUGCGGUUCUAAACGCAUGGAUCGCACGCGCAGGCCAGCUCGGCUCGAACCUCGAGGACGUUGUCAAGACGGAUCAGACCGGUUGCCAGUUCACUUGA